CAGGGGCACUGCUCUUCCUAUGUCGCAGAAGUGUCUUCCGGUUCAAACCUUUCAUUACCCGGCUGCGCUCAUCCAACAGUCCUUCCGGCUUGUUCGCCAUCGCAAGCAGUAGAUAUGGCUAUUCGCUACCCCAUGGCCGUUGGCCUUAACAAAGGCCACCCCGUCACGAAAAAUGUAACUGCUCCCAAACACAGCCGCCGGCGUGGGCGUCUGACCAAACACAGCAAGUUUGUUCGAGACAUGAUCCGUGAAGUGUGUGGUUUUGCUCCAUAUGAGAGGCGAGCCAUGGAGCUGCUGAAGGUGUCAAAGGACAAGAGAGCCCUCAAGUUUAUCAAAAAGAGGAUUGGCACUCAUAUUCGGGCCAAGAGAAAGAGAGAGGAGCUGAGCAACGUACUGGCUGCCAUGAGGAAGGCUGCCGCCAAGAAGGACUAAUCUGUCAGUCAAUAAAAGUUUGCUAAACUACAAAA